AUGUGGGGUACAGUCGACCGAGGUGAGCUCCUGCAGCCUCUGCACGCCUUAAUCACCCACAAGGCAAAACGCUCGAGAGCGCCUGUCACGUGGACAGACUCGGCGCGGCAGCGUUUCAAGAACGUCAAGGACGCCCUGGCCACGGCGACACAUCUCGCACACCAAGUCCCGGACGCGCCGCUCGCCCUCUUCGUCGACGCCUCGGACUGCGGAGUGGGCGCCGUCCUCCAGCAGCACGUCGCCGGCGAGUGGCAGCCCCUCGCUUUCUUCUCGAAAACGCUCCAACCUGCGGAGAAGAAAUACAGCACGUUCGGGCGCGAGCUGCUCGCUAUCUACCUGGCCGUCCGGCACUUCAAGCACGCCAUCGAAGGACGGUCAGCAAUCAUUUUCACAGACCACCGACCACUGGUAACGGCCAUCGGCUCCUCGUCCGACCGCUACUCGCCGCGAGAGGUCCGCCACCUGGACUACAUCGGCCAGUUCGUGUCUGACAUCCGCCAUGUGCCUGGCAAGGACAACGUGGUCGCCGACACGCUGUCACGCACGGUCUCGAUGGUGGCCCAGCCGCGACCCCCGCUCGCCGACUUCACUGCCAUCGCCAAGGCCCAGUCCGAAGACGGCUCGCUGGAAGACCUCGAGGCCUCAGACACCUCACUGCGCCUGCGCCACAUUCCGGUCGGCGAAGGACUCCUGGAAGGUGCUCUCAGGAGCGAGGCGCUGACGGAGCUCAGCAACGCUGAGCUCCUCGACGAACUCAAGGAGCAAGGCGUCAUCAAAGUCGAAAGGCUCAGGUCCAACAACAUCGAAAAGAUGGGUCCUAACCCCACAAUAAGACUAUGUCCGCGAAAAGGUCCCGCCGCCGCGCCCACGCCCUCCGCGCCCAACACAAACAAGCGAGGACACGCCUCCGCCGGCGAGGCCGCCACCUCCCCCUCCACCGGUGCGGAGCGCCCAGCGCCCUCCGACCCCACCACGAACACCACCACGACCACAGACCACACCCUCACAGACACCGGACGCGUCACCAACCACGACACUGGAGCCGGACUCGCCUCUGUCCGAGCGGACUGGGACCAGCGCUGCCACCUCACCCACACACUCCAUCCCACCAUCUGA